AAGCUGCAGACUAAGCGCCGGUGAAUCUCUGACCUCUUACUUUUAGCAGUGAGUCCUGCGAUCCAACAGGAGGCGUGUCUUUCUUACGGCCGGAGCGCCACGUUACUCGAUGCAAGUGCGAGGGAAAACGACUCCAUAGAACCGAAUCAACUUCCUUGUGCUGCUCAUACUUCAGCUCUACCUGAGAUGGAUUCCUUCAAGCUCUGCCCAGUGUAACAUGGAUGUCCCGCUACCCCCACCCCCACCACCUCCACCAUCAUCCUCCUCAGCCGAGUCGGAGUGCUGCUGCUCCUUGGCGCAGUGAGCUGGACACGCUGUGCUUUGCUUCUUCUUUUUCUUUUCCUUUUUGUUGCUUUUGUUAAAUUGUUGUGAGGACACCGCUGCCCAGCCCACCGGUGGUGAUCAUGCCGUGAUCUGGCAGCUUGCUUCACGUUAAAAGGGUGAAAGAGAAAAAAAAAUAUCUGGGGAAUAUACCGAUUCAGGGAAUAAAGAAUUGUGUGCGCCCCACAAGCACCAUGAAGAUUACCUCCAACCUGACGUUUAAUCGGAGGCAUACCAUCAGGCUUCUACUACUGUUAUUACACUGUGUGGGAUACUCUCAUGGGAUGCCACAUGUGUUGAGAUUUGGGGGGAUAUUUGAGUCCAUUGAAAGUGGCCCAUCAGGUGCUGAGGAGCUAGCCUUUAAAUUUGCUUUAAACACAAUUAACAGGAACAGAACCCUGCUGCCAAACACUACACUCACCUACGACAUCCAAAGGAUAAACAUCUAUGACAGCUUUGAAGCCUCUAGAAAAGCCUGUGACCAGCUUUCUCUGGGGGUGGCAGCCAUUUUUGGACCAUCUCACAGUUCUUCGGCCAAUGCUGUUCAGUCCAUUUGCAAUGCCCUGGGAGUGCCACACAUCCAAACCAAGUGGAAGCACCAGGUGUCAGACAACAGAGAUGUCUUCUAUGUCAGCCUUUAUCCAGAUUUCUCCUCCCUCAGCCGUGCCAUAUUGGAUCUGGUUCACUUCUUUAAGUGGAAAACAGUGACUGUUGUUUAUGAUGACAGCACAGGUUUAAUUCGGUUGCAAGAACUAAUAAAGGCACCAUCACGAUACAACAUCCGGUUAAAGAUCCGGCAACUGCCCACUGAGACUAAGGAUGCUAAGCCCCUUUUAAAGGAGAUGAAGAGGGGGAAGGAGUUCCAUAUCAUCUUUGAUUGCGGGCACGAAAUGGCUGCUGGAAUCCUAAAACAGGCGCUGGCUAUGGGGAUGAUGACAGAAUAUUAUCACUAUAUCUUCACUACACUUGACCUUUUUGCACUGGAUGUGGAGCCUUAUCGAUACAGUGGUGUGAACAUGACAGGCUUCAGAAUCCUCAAUACUGAGAACAGCCAAGUGGCCUCCAUCAUUGAAAAAUGGUCCAUGGAGCGACUCCAGGCCCCUCCCAAACCUGACUCUGGUCUACUGGACGGCUUCAUGACCACGGAUGCCGCACUGAUGUAUGAUGCCGUGCACGUGGUAGCCGUGGCUGUGCAGCAAUCUCAGCAGAUCACUGUCAGCUCAUUACAGUGCAACCGACACAAGCCCUGGCGCUUCGGGAACCGCUUCAUGGCCCUCAUCAAAGAAGCCCAUUGGGAUGGUCUGACCGGGAGAAUCACUUUCAACCGGACCAAUGGCUUAAGGACAGACUUCGACCUUGACGUCAUCAGUCUGAAGGAGGAGGGGCUUGAGAAGAUUGGCACUUGGGAUCCUCCAAGUGGCUUGAAUAUGACGGAGAACCAGAAGGGAAAGACAACCAAUGUGUCUGACUCGUUAUCCAAUCGAUCUCUGAUUGUCUCCACCAUACUGGCGGAGCCAUACGUGAUGUUCAAGAAGUCUGACAUGCCACUGUAUGGAAAUGACCGCUUUGAGGGAUACUGCAUAGACCUGUUGAGAGAGCUGGCCAACAUUCUGGGGUUCACCUAUGAAGUUCGCUUGGUGGAAGAUGGGAAAUAUGGUGCGCAGGAUGAGAACACAGGCCAAUGGAAUGGCAUAGUGAAGGAGCUAAUGGACCAUAGGGCUGAUCUGGCAGUGGCUCCCCUUGCCAUCACAUACGUUCGGGAGAAGGUCAUUGACUUCUCCAAGCCUUUUAUGACGCUGGGUAUAAGUAUACUGUACCGCAAGUCCAAUGGGACCAACCCUGGGGUCUUCUCCUUCCUCAACCCCCUCUCGCCUGAUAUCUGGAUGUAUAUUCUGCUGGCUUACUUGGGUGUCAGUUGUGUGCUGUUUGUCAUAGCCAGGUUUAGUCCCUACGAGUGGUAUAACCCGCACCCUUGCAACCCCAACUCGGAUGUAGUGGAAAACAAUUUCACCCUGCUAAAUAGUUUCUGGUUCGGAGUUGGAGCUCUCAUGCAGCAAGGAUCUGAGCUUAUGCCAAAAGCCCUCUCCACCAGAAUUGUAGGAGGAAUCUGGUGGUUUUUUACACUCAUCAUCAUCUCCUCCUACACGGCAAACCUGGCAGCCUUCCUCACGGUGGAAAGGAUGGAGUCACCCAUUGACUCUGCUGAUGACCUGGCCAAACAGACAAAGAUAGAAUAUGGGGUGGUAGAAGAUGGCUCCACAAUGACCUUCUUUAAGAAAACCAAGAUCUCCACCUAUGAUAAGAUGUGGGAAUUCAUGAGCAGCCGGAGACACUCAGUGAUGGUAAAGAACAUUGAGGAAGGCAUUCACCGUGUGCUUACCUCGGACUAUGCUUUCCUUAUGGAGUCCACAACCAUUGAGUUUGCUACACAACGUAACUGCAAUCUUACUCAAAUUGGAGGCCUCAUUGACUCUAAAGCCUAUGGGGUUGGCACACCAAUGGGCUCUCCAUACAGAGAUAAGGUUACUAUAGCCAUCCUUCAGCUUCAGGAGGAAGGGAAGCUGCACAUGAUGAAAGAGAAGUGGUGGAGAGGAAAUGGCUGUCCAGAGGAGGAGAGUAAAGAGGCCAGUGCUCUUGGGGUUCAGAACAUCGGAGGGAUAUUCAUCAUCCUAGCUGCUGGCCUUGUUCUCUCUGUGUUUGUGGCUGUGGGAGAGUUUCUCUACAAGUCCAAACAGAAUGCACAACUUGAAAAGGCCCAAUGGCGACAUCAAGAUAAGAAACGUGAGGAAUUCUGCUGUCACCAUGGAUCCAAGCUAGACUUUAACCACCAUCUCAAAUGACCUCAGGAGAAACUACAGACAUUUUUUAUUGCAGUCUAACUUGAUUUAAAACUUUCCAACACGACCUUAACUGUGUUGUUCUUUGUGAAACAAGGAAGAAGAAACACUGAGGACAGUAUAAAAAACUGUUUAAAGUGCUAUUAGUAUUAUAUAUUACAUACAUAUUACAUAGUAUUACAUUACAUUACACUGUACAGUGGCAGCAGUUAAAAGUGUCAGCCCCCACCGUGGUUUGCUUUCAUGACCGACGCGUCAGCACUGCGUGAGGGAGUGUGUUACGUCCUUCUGGCCUGUAGAUGGCGAUUGACUCCCACUUUUGGUCCUACAACGUCAUACUUAAAUGUGUCAUAUAACCUCUUGUAGAACAACCACUUUUCAAGUCUUAGCUGGCCUAGUGGUCAAGAAGUGUGGCUGUAAAGUUUUUCGUCGUGGGUUCAAGUCUCAGUGGGUGCACUUUUUCAGUUUUAAUUAUUGGAAAAACAGCAUCUCAUCAUUUUCAUUUGACACACAAGAUAACAUCGUCGUAAUAUUUAGUGCAUAGAUCCCCAAGAUUACGAACCGCUGGUCGCCUGUGGCGGACAAUUAUAGUAUUUAGUAUAGUUAUGUACAUAAGUAAGUUAUGGCAAAUUAUGGCAGUUUAAAACCAAAAAUAGGAAGCUGAACGGUGCGCCCUCCCGCGUGCAGCGUUCAAUUUGUGGCAGACAAGCUACUGUAACCCUGAUUUCUCGCUGUUGGUAGCAUUCUCCGUCCCCUCUGGUUGUGGGUAAUAAUCGGGCUACAAUUUUCUUUACGCGGUAUUCUUCUUUAAUGCACCACAUGGCAAGGCAGUACAGCACAUGUACACUUUUUUCUUUACACCGCUCUUACCCAACGUGCGUCACCUUUUUCCUGUCCCCCUACAGCAAGGGCAGGUAGGAACUAAUUUUAAUAACAAAUAAAAUCACAGUAGCUGAAAUGCCAUGUUUCCCAAACAUAAAAUAAAAGAAUAAAAAGGAAUACUAACUAAGGUUACACCACCCGUAACACCCACGUUUUCAAUGAAAAAAAACCACUGUGGCCGCGGAGGGUGGCAAUAUUAUAUUAUUUGGAAACAUUAAACAUUUGUUUUUUAAUCCAAAGAAAACAUAAAAGUCAGGGCUCAGAGGUUAAACAUUUUAUUGACAGAAGAUUGUAGCAAUUAACAGCAUACUUAUUCAGUCCUCGUUCUCUUUACUGCCGUAAAUGGAAUACUAGGAACGAUCAAACCUAAGCGUCAUAUUACGCCUUGUAAAACUAUAAAAACUGUUCAGAUCGUUUACAGACGAUAAAACAUUGUCAAGGCAUCCACAAGGACAGCUAGCUCGCUUUUCCCUGCUUCAAACAGCUGCUGUAACUGAGAGCAACCAGUGCGGCAUCACCAGUCAAUCUGGAAACGCAUUCACUGGUUAGGACACUUUAGGUGUGUGAACUGGGGAGGAGAUAAUAGCGCCGACUGAAGAGCGACUAAAUAGAGUUGAUGUCAUCCCCGCUGACAGGCGCAUUCAUUUGAUAAUACACUUACCUUGGCUGACAGUUCAGUUGAAAAACACACCGAAUCUUUAUCAAACCAUCCUUGAAUAACAUCUAUGAACUGCAGUUUCUUCCUUGAUUAUCCGUGAUUAUUAUGGAAGAAGUGCAAAUCAUCGCCAGUCCAAAUUGUGCAAUUAAUACUGUUUAUAAUAAAGGUAAUAAAUAAUAAUAAUAGUAUUUUACAAAUAAAUUUGACCAGAAAGCUAUGAUACAUAUAUAUGUUUAUCCUUGCAGAGUAAACAUAUGUAAAACACACUAUUUGCUGCAUUAAUGAGUCUUAGACCUGCAGCUGACCAUACCGCCCAAUCCUGCCCAAUGUCCCAUGGAGCUUUGACCUGGAGCUGAAGUAUUUCUCAUAUGCUGAUCGAGUAGUAGCAACACAUUAGCAUGUUUAGGCGCCUCUAUGGAGGAGGGGGAAGGGAUGUGAAGUUUGCUUUUGCGACUGUGAGCAAACAUAAGACAAACAAAAGCUUGGACAAACUCAGAUCCAAGUCAUCAGAGUAUUAAAAGCAGAGGUAACUCGAGAAGGACUUUUUUGUUUUUUGUUUUUCUCUAAACAAAAAAGCAGUUUUUAAUCAAUUUUUGUGUGUUUUUGUUCAAAAAUAUUUUUGCUCGGUUUAUUGGUUUGUAAGGCGGUGCUUUCAUUCAAAUCCGUUUGCCGCCCAUAGCAAGAGAAACGAGAAAGCUGGUGAAGGUAGAUGGAUGGGCGACUGGGAAAUCAAAGUGCUGAAACAUACACGGGCCGAAUAAGUGAUCUCAGCCACUCAGUUACAAUGACACGCGCAGUCAAAAAAAGUCAGUCAACUGCAGUUCGGCAGACACAGUAAACGCGUACGAACAAACAUGUUGCUGUAAUGUGUCGCUGUAGAUCAGCUGAGUUCUGGCGUCCUGUCAAAGUUACGAUCGACAACUGCUGUAAAACAAAUUCCUAUGAUUAUUACGGUUAUUUACGUAAAAUCUACGACUAUUGUAAACCAUUCAUUCAUUCAUUCAUUCAACCAUUCAACAAGUUGUGGAAGUUUAAAACCUAAAUAAGCGGCUGUAGUCGCAGAUGGACUGCGCUCUUUGUCUUUACUUGGCCAUGCGCAUUGAAAUUAUAUUAAUUAAACUGCGACCCAUAAUCAUGGAAUUAUGUGAAGUCAAUAUAUUGUAUCAGAUGUUAGAGCGGUGGGUGUGUACAUAUUCUUAAGAGAUGACUGCUAUUUAAAGACACAAAAAAGCUGAGGAGAAUAAGGUAGAAUUGUACAGUCGGACCUCAGUUACGCUGUAGUGCAUUGGAGGCUUCUAAUCAACCCUGCGCCACCUGGUGGUUAAAACAAGACUAGCGUCCUGAUUUUUUUCAGCCCGCUGCAGGAUUAAAUGUUUAUUGCCCGGGAUUUGUUCUUGCCAUUGAGCUGGCUUCUUAAGACUUGCCUUACUUGUUGGAGGUAUUCGGAUGUUGCCGCAUUCCUUGUUACUUGUUCAAUGUUGCCGUUCGCCUGUGGUAUUCCAAGGUACUUGUAUUUGUCCUCAAUGUCUGCUAUUAUAUAUAUA